AUGGCUGUUGGCCACUGGUCAUUGACCAUUGAUGGUCAAAGGGGUGGGAGUCCAAGGGUUGGCAUUACUGAAGGCGGCAUAUUUAAAAAUUUUGAGAAAGAUGGAGAGUUCUUCUGCUAUCCCGGUCAAUCAGAUGAAGGAGAAACAGUGAUAUUCAAUUUUUACAGAGCAACUCAAGUUCAAUUCCCAGGAGAGAUAAUUCUUGAUGAAGGCAAGACCUUUGCAAUUAAUUUCUUUUCGAAAAAACAAGCUACUAACCAAAUCCUUGAUAAAUGGAUCAUGUAUAAGGAUCUAUCUGGCGAGGUAAGCUAUGCGUUGGAUUUUCCAUGGGACGCAAGCUUGCCUCGUGUAGAAACUAGAUUUUACUUAGAACAAUAUGGUGGUGGAGAUGAUGUCUGGAUUUCCAAGAGCCUUUACAGGCUGCACAGGGUAAACAAUAACAAUAAUCUUGAACUUGGGAAAUUAGACUAUAACGUGUGUCAACACUUGUAUCGUAGGGAAUGGAAAAGAAUCCAAGAGUGGUACUCAGAAGGGGGACUAGAAAGUUUAGGAUUGAGUAAAGAAAGGCUUCUUUUGGCUUACUUUUUGGCUGUAGCCAACAUAUUCGAGCCUGAGAGAUCACAGGAACGGCUUGCAUGGGUCAAAACUUCUGCUCUUAUUCACACACUUACAUCCACAGAUCAUGACCGACACCAAAGAAAAGCCUUUGUGCAUGAUUUCAAUAACAUUAGUAGCUCCUUAAUUGAACGAUGGCUGAAUAAAAAUAGAAGCAAAGAAGGAUUACUGGGGACUUUAACAGAAACUUUGCAUUGCUUCUCCCAGAGCUCACCAGCGGCAAGUUUCGAUAUUCUUCAUGAUAUGUGGAAGAAGUGGCUAUUGGGAUGGCAAAGCGAAGGAGAUCAGUGGGAAGGAGAAGCUGAGCUGAUGGUGAACAUGAUUAAUAUUAAUGGCGGCUGCCAACUUUCUAAUGACUUACAGAUCAAUCCUCAGUACCAGAGACUCCUCCAACUCUCUAAUCAACUAUGCCACCAAUUACGUUCUCUCCAAAGCACCAAGGAAAACAAGAAUAAUGGAAGCCGCAUGGCCAACACAAGUGUCAGCUCCAAUCCAGAAAUAGGGGUGAAAAUGCAAGAGCUGGUGCAAUUGGUGCUCUCUUCUAAUGGCAUGGAUCUCAACAUGAAGAAGACAUUCCUCAAUGUGACCAAGGGUUUUUACUAUGCUGCUCACACUGAUCCAGACACUAUCAACUCUCACAUUGAAAAAGUUAUAUUUGAGAAAAUCAUAUAA